AUGAUGCCCUCAGUCUUAGGGGCUAGUAUGCCUCACAUGCCACCUCAGGGUUAUUCGUCAGAUCCAACGUUUGAUGAACUAUCACGGCAGCUCGCUUUCUCCGACUCUAUGCGAAGGAUAUCUCGUGGUUCAACUGGACAGCGGACGACGGGAGCUAUGCGUAUUGUCAAGCCGAGUAGUGCCAACAAUAGUCCGCAGGCUAUGAUGGCGCGGCGGAGAACUAUGAUGAACGAUAGUAACCUUGCUCGACGACGCCAGCAGGCUUUGGACCAGGCUUUCCUACAGGAGAUGCAGCAGCAAGACUAUACAUCUUACUCGUCACCAGAAGAUCCCAUCAAGCGGAAUAACCGACCAGUCAGUUGGCAUCCGACUUCACACCUCCAGCAACCACAUAUGCAUAUACCUAUGCCACAACCAGACUUCUCACAAUACGUUGUUCCAACACCGAUGCCAUAUCAACAAACAGACAUUUAUUCCGGAUAUCAGCAUUUACCACCAACCCCGGCUGUAUACUCCGGACAAACUUCGCCUAUGUCAAGCAUGUCGCCAUUAUGCCUACCAUAUGGUGGCUCUCAAACUCAGCCUAUGCCAACUUACAUAUCACAUGAUGCGUGGAACCCUACACCGCAGAUGAUUCCUAACUAUACAGUAAACUCGAGUCCCAGCGAGUUGGAACCAUUCCCGUCUUUUGAUAGUCAAAAUUCAUUCAACUGGGAUAACGGGUUUAAUUCUCAUGAAUUUAAUACUUGCACGGCACCCCCAACGCCGGACGAGUUCCAGCCCAUGCAACAACCACAACCAGUAGUUACUCCUGAGGAGUCAAUACCGUAUCAACCACUUGAGGAGCAAGAGGAGGAAGGAGAAAUAUUAGUGGGCAUGGGAUUGUAUGAUCCGCCAUGUAAGAUAGAUGACGACCCGAGCUUGGACAACUACCGAACAACGACAUCACAACUAUUAGACUCAACAUAUAGAGGGCGAGGUCGUGGAUGGAAACUAGAAGAGGCUUGGGAGCCGCCAGCAUCAGACGACGAAGAGGACAACGAGGAAGAAAAUAACGAAGAAGACGAAGGAGAGAAGGAACAGGCCACAGAGUCAACCUCAACCGAGCAAAACUGGAUAUAA